AUGGUCACAUCGCAUCGCGGGGACGGUCCAGGAGCUCGGCUCACUCCCAGAUUUCACGCGGCCAUACCAAUAAAAAGACCAAAGUUAUAUCAAUGUCUCAAAGGCACGAUAGUAUAUGAACCGUGGCAGGCGACGAGAGGGACGCGGUCCUCGAGCUGGCUGCACAAACAUCACAAUGUAGUAUGUGGGCGCGUGUUGAAUAUUCAAGUGGAUAGCGCGGCUGCAGCGACGCGUGUCAAGUUCAGCUCCCUCUCAAUCACAACCAUCGCCCACCGCCGCCGCCGCCCCGCCCUCCCCCGCCUCGCCCGCCACGCUCCUACGUCGCCGAGCGUCGCUCUCGACACUACUCUACAACUCGCUUCUGGAUUAUUACUGUUUCAUCGGACACGAUUCCAUUUGACCUUCACCUACAUCUGUUGUAAU